UGAAGAAAGUUGGGUUGAAAUUUAGUUUACAUCCGUAUGUGAAUCUAAAGUAUCGAUUUAGCAGCUCAAUUUUUUAAAUUUAUAAAUACAAACGUAAUAGAUUGAUUUAGUCGAAUGUGUUAGAAAAAAGUGAAAUAGUAAAAUACCAAUAAAAAGAAAAUAAUAUGACUAACAACGGAUCCUUUAUUCAAAGAACCUGUCUUCCUUCUGAGAUGCUACAAUGGAAUGAUAGAAAUAUUAUGUCAGUUUUGAAAAAUUGCCUGGGAAAAGAGUUGAGUAAAGUAACGAUGCCUGUUACUUUAAAUGAGCCAUUAAGCUUUUUGCAAAGGAUAUGCGAAUAUAUGGAAUACGCCGAAAUAUUAAAUAAAGCCAAUAAGGAGGAAGAUCCUGCUGACCGAAUGAAGCUCGUUGCAACUUUCGCUGUGUCGGCAUUAGCAUCAAACUGGGAACGUGUUGGAAAACCAUUCAAUCCGCUUUUGGGAGAAACGUAUGAACUGCAAAGCAAUGAUUUCAAAAUUUUAUGCGAACAAGUAUCACAUCACCCACCGAUUUCUGCUUUUCAUGCCGAAUCUUCUAACUACAAGUUCUAUGGAUCGAUUAACCCAAAAAUAAAGUUCAUGGGAAAGAGUAUAAAUAUCCAGCCCAAAGGAGUGGUUACUGUUGAACUAACCAGAUGGAACGAGGCCUACUCGUGGAGUAACGUUAACUGCUGUGUACAUAAUGUAGUUGUAGGUAAACUAUGGAUUGAACAGCUUGGGACAAUGGAAAUAAAGAAUCAUUCGAAUGGUUACCGCGCCAUUUUGGACUUUAAAGAAGCCAGUUCUUCCAAAGAGGCUAACACAGUGCUUGGAAUUGUUGAAAAUGAUGAAAAAAAAGUAAGAUAUAGGUUAUUUGGAAAAUGGAACGAUUUUCUUAAAUGUGCAUCAGAAGAAGACUACCAACUCUGUAUGCAGCAAAAAAACGUUAACGAAUCAAUGUCAUCCCAUGACCGAAACUCCAGGAAAUUAUUUUCAAAAUUGAACAGUUUUAAAAUGCCAUCAUUUUUAGGCGCGAACAUUCAAGAUGAUCUAGUUGGAACAUCAGAGCUUAAGUCUUUAAGUCUGAACGAAGAUGCUGAUAUAUCUUCUGAAAUUAAAUCAGCUUUAUUGUGGAAAUGUAAAGAGCGACCUGCUUAUAGCUCAAAGUAUUAUCAUUUUACAGACUUCGCGAUGCAGCUUAAUGCUAUCAACCCAAUUGCAACGCAUCCUUUGUGUAACACCGAUUCAAGACUGCGCCCAGAUAUACGAUAUCUCGAAGAAGGUGAUGUAACAGCCGCAUCAGCUCAAAAAAACAGAUUGGAAGAAAAACAGCGUGGUGCGGAACUAUCACGGAAAGGACAAAAUAAUGACCCAUGGCAGCCCCGAUGGUUCAAAUUCGAUGUCAAUCCUUUAACAAAACAUGAAGAUUGGAUGUACACUGGAGGUUAUUGGGAAAGAAGCCAUGAAACUACAUCCCAAAUUUUUUAAUGAAAUUUGUAAAAUUGUGUACUUGUACUUGUGUAAAACUGUUACUAUCGAAUAAAACUUGUUUUGUUUAAAAGAAAUUAAAGGACAGAUACGCAGCUCCAAUAAUAAUUGUGUAGUAGCUGGGACAAACCACGUCAAGUGAUCCAGGGAAAUUUCGCAAAAUCACCUAUUUUACAAAUUAGCAGUUCAUUAAGAGGGGGACCAGACGCAUACCCCUUGAUAUAUAAAUAUUUCGUCAAAAUUCUUUUUUUUUGUUAUAGUUAUUGAAGGUUGAAAUUUAGAGCACGAUAAAGUUGUAAAAUCGGUGAAAUUUUGUGAAGUCAAAGAAAAUGUUAGUGCUAUAUUAUAAAUAUUUUUUCAUGCUCUAUGUUGAAAAAUGUUCUAUUUCAAAUAUACAUAUUGAACAUACAUACGUACAUAUAUACAUAAAUAAACACAUAAAAAAUAUUAUGACACACGCACACACAUGUAUUGCAUUGUAUAGUUAAAAACAACCCCAUGUGAUGCGCCAUACAUACACAUAUAUUUAAUUAGAUAAGUAAGAUUUCAAAAAUAGUAUAAAAAGCUUACAAAUAUCAAAAUAAAAUUAGAAUGAAAGAUUUCUCAGCUUGAA